AUGUCUCAAAAACAAUAGAGUUCUAGUAAUAGAGUAUCAUAUUAAGAGAAUCUAAAAAAAAUACGAUUGUAAUCUUCAAUGAAUUACAGAUCUCAUAAUAAUUUAAUGAAACACAAUAGAUUUGAAAGUGAAACGUUUAUUUUUUAGAACAAUUAAUUAAAAGGUUCAAGGAAUUCAUUAGAUUAUGAAAUAUAAUUUCAGAAUAAUAAGAAUUAAUUGUUUGAAGUACUUUAUUUUUUGAGACUAGAGAUAAUUAAUAUUAAAUGGAACAACAGAUAACAAUAAAACAUUUAUAACAAUACUUAAAGAAUAGAUAAAAAAACUUGAGUUAGAUUUAUUAGAUAAAGUAAAAGAAAUUGAUUAGUAUAAGAAAAUGAGUCUUGUAACUCAAUACUAGGAGUUAUAUGUAUUUUUAUUAACAAAAUUAAUUAGGUUGAAUUAUAAAACUAUUAAAAAUUGGUGUUACUCUAAAAUUAUGAAAUAUUAGACUUAAAAGAGUAAAUAAGAGAUUAAUAGUAAUUAUCAAUUGAAGAUCUUUAUUAAUUAUAAGAAAAAAAGAUUCAAAAUUUGUUGUUAUAAAAUCAUGAAUUUAAGACUGAAAAUGCAAAAUUUAAAACUGAGAAAAAUUAUUACUUUUCUUAAUUGGAGUCAACAUAAAUUGAAUUGAGUAUUAAGGAAAAAGAGAUUCUUAAAUUAACAAAUUAAGUCAAAUAAUUGGAAUAAAAACUAAAGAAUAAUUUAUAUAUGCCAAUGACUAGAUAAUAGAUAUUCAAAGAAUCAGUAGAAAAUGCACAUUUAUAAGAGUAAUUAAAAGAACAAUAAAAGAAAUUUGAAGAUAAUUUAAUUAUUAAACAAUAAGAAAUAGACAAUUUGAAAUAAUUGAUAAAAAAUAUUGAAAAAGAGAAGUGUAAAAUGGAAUAAAAAUAAAUAAGUUUGUCUGAGAAAACAAAUUCUUUGAUUGAAAUUUAAAAGAUAGAAUAAAAAUUGAAUAUAAGUAUAUAUUAAUUUAAAUAAGAAAGAUUAAUAGGAAUAAUCAUAAAGUUUAGUAGAUUAAUCAAGUUAACAAAGCUAGAAGUAAAAUACAAAGAAGAUUGAUUUGACUAAAAAACAGAUUUAAGAAAUAGAUAUUAAUAUGAUUGAUUCAAAUAUAAUUGAUAAAGAAUAAUAUGCUUAGACAAGUAGUAGGAAAGAAAAGAAAAUUAUUAGGGUCAAUUUUUAUGAAGUUUAAUAAUUUGGAAUGGAAAUUCGAUUUAAAUUAUUAGGAAGAGAAGUAUCAAUUUAAAAAGUGGAGGAUCUUUUUAAUAAAUAUGAGAAAUCAGUAAAGAUUCAUGAAUUGCUUGAUAUGUUGCUUUAAGAGCCAUUUAAAAUUUAAAGUUAUGAACAAAGAAAAUUAAUUGCAAGAUAUCUUGUAGAAGAUAAUUAUGAAGAUUAUAUUGUAUAUGAUGCUUUAAGAAGCAAUGAUACAUCAAUAGUUCUGAGCAUUUUUAAACAAUUAAUUGGAAAGUAUGAACUUUUUUAGAAAGAGGAGAUAUUUAAGAUUGAAAAUGAAUUGAAAUAAAUAUUUGAAAAAAUCUAAUAUUCAUUCAAUUAUGCCAUUUAAUAAUUGACUAUUAAGAAAAAGUAUUUGAAACAAGGACAAUGUGAGAGAGUAGAUUAUGAAUAGGCCAUCAAAUAUACAGAAAUAAGUCUAACUCCCCGAUAAUUGGAGUAUAUUUAUUUCCUAAAUUAUACAUUUUAUCAGGAUUUAUCCAUAAUCUAUUAUCAAAAUGUUAUGACUUAUUUUAAUAAAUCUAAAUGA